AAAGUUGCGGAUAGUUUCUACUUUAGCAGCUAGCGGCCUGAUGGUACUCUGCCCUACUAGGAAGCCCAGGUACUUCAUCUGUUUCUGGGCCAGCGCACACUUCCGUGGGUUACUGUCAUCCCUGCUUCCCAUAAAUUUUUUGAGAGUAUGGCUCGUAGCACUCUCGGGUGUUGGGCCCAUGUCCAGGUGAAGAUGAUGACAUCAUCAAGAUAGGUCAUGGCGUAGCUGGCAUGUGGCUCCAGGAUCCAAUUCAUUAGGCGUUGAAAUGACACUACCACCCUGUGGAGUCUGAAUGGUAUCCAGAUGAACUCGUAUAGGCCCCAUGGGGUCCUGAAGACUGUUUUUGCUCGGUCUCCUUUGGCUACAGGUAUAUGCCUGUACCCCUUAGCUAAAUUGAGCUGUGUGUUGUACUGCACAUUCCCUAUAAGCUCCACUAGCUCGGCUACGUGCAGCAUUGGGAACGCAUCGAAGACUGCCACUUUAUCGAGGCGAUGAUAGUCCACACACAAGCAGAGGAAUCCAUCUGGUUUUGGGACAGGGGGCUUCUCUUGGGGAGAUCCGUGAGGAGAUUAAGAAAAUGUUAGAGCAAGCGGAGGAAUCCAUCUGUCUUUCCCACUGAUGCCCUGGCCUGUGGACCUCGUAAUGCACUGGACCAACUCUGCAGAUAACUCAGUGACAAGGCCCCUUCAAAGUGAAGAGCUUACUUGCGGAUGUUGGCAGAAGUACCAGAACCCUCUGACCGGGCCUGAACUCCUUUUUCCUUCGUGGGUGCAUCAUACCUGGCCUCCUGGGGUUGUUGUGCUUCCUGGAGGCUGUUCUCUAUUAAGUUCUGCACCAGCUGUAUGUGGUGUUGGAAUUCCCACUGAACGAGCAUCCAAAAUCUUCAAAACACAAGUGUCCAGUGCAGAUCAUAUCUUUGGAUGAUCAGGGUGGCCUGGCCCUUGCUAAUGAGGCCCUGAGCCAAUGCCUGGAGCAGGGAGAUGUGGGGGAUGCUCCUGUCUGCCUGUUCUCCAUCAUUGGGGAACAGCGUCGGGGGAAAUCCUUCCUGAUGACCUGUCUCUUGCGCCAGCUCCAGAACCAGGAAGACAAGGAUGCAUCCUGGAUGGGCAGUGAUGAUGAGCCACUGGAAGGGUUUGAGUGGCGAUCUGGGCCGGAGACUGUGACUAAGGGAGUGUGGAUGUGGGGCGAGCCCCUAUGGGUCCAGGUCCCACAAGGAAAGGUGGCCGUGUUCCUGGUGGACACAGAGGGCUCCAUGGACCUGCAGCGCCAGCUGGAGACCAGCAUCAAGCUGUCUGUGUUCAGCAUCUUGCUUAGCUCCUACCAGAUUUUCAACAUUUUAUCAGAGUUUAAGCUUGUGGACCAGGAUUAUUUGGAGAUGUUCAUUACGGUUGCAGAAGAAGUUGGGAAGAACUUCAAUAUCUACCCUGUUCAGCAUCUGGACUUGCUGAUCCGUGACUGGCAGCACACUUCCACCUAUGGAGUGGAAGGAGGCCAGGAGCAUCUGAAACGCGUCAUAAAGGAUCUGGAGUCACUUCCAGGCAAUGAUUUGGUCUUGAAAGUCCUGAAGGCAGCAGAAACCCAGUGUUUCCUCAUGCCCCACCCUGGUACUCGUUUCACACGCAGUAAUCGCUUAGGAGACUUCGAGAAGGAUUUCCAGGACUGCCUGAAGGAUUAUGUCACCACGCUGGUGGCUUUACCUGCAAAACACGUCCGUAAGGACUCGAAUGGGCAUGCGCUCACUGGGAAGCAGCUGGCCAUGAAGAUCAGGGAUUUCUUUCAAUUUCUGGAGGAGAAUCACUAUGACUUCUCUUCCCCUGUAAAGAUGGCUGAGACUUUGGCCAAUAUGCGAGAGCAAGUGAACAGGAAAACAAUCGACAUCAUCAAGGGGGAAUAUUCUGAAUUUGUGCUUCAUCAGGACCGUGACACCCAAACUGAGACUCACUGUCUGAAUAUAAGUCCCACUGAAAUGCAGAAGAAGUUGGAGGAGAAAUGCCAGGAAUUGCUGGAGCGGUGCCGGGGGGAGCUGUUGGGUGACGAACAGCAGAAAGAGGCCCUGGUUCAGGAUGUGGGACAGGAGCUGAGACAAAUGAUGGAAGGAUUCAUGUCGACCUACGAGUGGCGAUUCAAAGAGAUGGAGAAUGCUGCCAACAGGACCAUAAAGGACAAAUUCAAACAGCAAUAUAAAAACUAUAUUACAGAUCAGGGCCAGGAAAACAAGGCCAGGCUGCCAUGCCGUCGGGUGAAGCCCAGAAAGAUGCGGCAACGCCUGAAGAAAAAAAGCCAGGAGUUGCUGCAGCAGUGCGAGGAGGAGCUGAGGGGGGCCAGAGAUCGGAAACAGGCUGUCCUGAGAGACCUUGAGCAGGAGUUGACCGAGCAAAUGGAUGAUUUCCUGUCAAACCUGGAGUAGCGCUUCAAGGUCACAAGGAUAGAGAUAACUGCAGAUGGAUCAGCUCUAUGCAGUUGUUGGCUUUUUUGGUGCGGUUGUGGCCAGCCUGCUGGGAACUUUCUCUGUACAGUAUGAGAUGAACGCGGUGGGAGAUGCCCGGGAGUAGGCAGAGAUUAGAGAUCAAGCUUAAUAUACACAGAAAAGAAGGAAUAGAGGACAGAUACCAAACUUUUACCCCACGGACGUCAAGACCAGACGUCGGCACCGAAUCCAUGGGUGACUGCUCUCUUAGAGCUCUUCUGCAGCCCCAGUCCCAUCCAUUUUGUUUAAGUUUCUGAACAAUUGGUCAUGUCUUGGGGAGCAUGCAGGGAGGCAGGAUCAGGAGUGGCUCCUGCUGUCCAGGACACAGUACACGAAGUUGCCUUGUCUUGUGCUGCAGGUCCUAAAGUCAUUAAGAGAUGCCGAGCAUUGCAAGCCUUUGGGGCUGUGCUGAGGUGGGUGGGUGGAUAGACAGGUGCAAAGGGAGCCACGUUUUUCAGCCUGACUCAUCCCCACAACCCCCAGCCCAGCUCCUCCUAUGUUCCCAGCGAUGGCAGAAGGACCACAGAUGCUAGUGGCUGUCAUUGCUGGUGUGCGGCACCCAGAUGAGCAGUCUAGGCAGUGGGGACGGUGCUUGCCUCUUAAGCUCCGGACCGCAGGCAGGGAGAGGGCGUACAAUGAAGUCUUGCCCCACCACCCUCACCUGGAGUCAGGUAGAUCUGUGGUUCUCGAGCUCUUCCGUCUCCAGGCUCACUCAGUAACAUUGGCAGAAAAUGUUUGAUCUCGAAUCGAAAUUCAGAAGAGCCCAGCUGCAUGCAGAGAAGUUGUGGAAGGCUGCCCCGCACCGAAAAAGGGUGAAACCACUGAAUCGGAGACAAUUGCCUGGAGUGGACAUGGUUAUGUUAACCUUCAUUGUCUUUGUAAUGAACUGAUCACUCAUUAUUGGCUUCAAUGCUUGCUACUGUCAUUCAGUAGCUGAUUUUAAUUCUGAUUGUUCCUUUGAUUUCUGAUUUGCACCGGACCAGUUUUGGCGCCAGUCAGUAAAACGUCAUCUAGACCCAGCACUCUCUCCUGCCCAGGCAGGGGGUUGGACUCGAUGAUCUGUUGAGGUCCCUUCUGACCUGAGCAUCUAUGAAAACUGUAACAGGUUGAUUUUGCCAGAUUUACAAAGAUUUUUUUUUUUUUUAACUUUUGGA